AUUUUUUUGUUUGUUUCGCUGGGUUUAAGGUUGAAGAAGGGAGCAUCGGCAGAGUCGGGCAUGAGCGUGAUCGCUCUGAGACGGGACGAGGGGCCCCAGCUCUACCAGUCGGUGUGCGUGGAGAAGGAGGCCCCCCUGCGCACGUUUGCCGGGGACGAGGUGGAGAGCGACGGGGGCUACGAAGCCGGCGCGGUCCAGGAAUGCGACCGCAAGUACUACUGCGGGGCGUGCGGCCUGCUGAUGCGCGACCCGGUCCAGACCGAGUGCGGCCACCAAUUCUGCCGGGCCUGCCACGAGAAAGUGCUGAAAGAAUUGAUGAUGUGCCCGUCUUGCGUGAGAGAUAAAGAAAUAUUUGAGAAUGGUUCAGUCGACACGUUUGAAAAAUGUUUUAGUGACAGAGCAAUAGCAAAGGAAAUCUUGAAUCUGGAGGUGUCUUGUAUAAACCCGAGCUGCAGUUGGACUGGGCCAUUGAGAGAAUUCGAGGCAAAGCACAAGAUGUCCUGCGAGCUGAACUUUCAGCAGUGCCCCUUUAGUGUGGUCGGCUGCACAGAGUCGAUUUGCGGUGGGAAGGUGGACGAGCAUGUUCGAGACUCCGUCGGGCACCAUCUGACCUGCAUUCUCAGGAGCCUGCCGAUCGUCGGGAAGGAGGCCGUUGAAGGUCCCAGUCUGGAGGGGAGAACUGGGAAUGGGAAGGAGAGGGAGCCCGACAAGUGGCGGGAGGCGGCAGAGGGCGAGAACUCCCGGGAGGAGCUGAGAGUGAAACUGCAGACGUUCGAAAACAUCGUCACGGUGUUGAACCGUGAGGUGGGCCACACAUUACAAACUGUGCUGGAGCAAGAACACUGGAUAAAGGAACAAGGCACAAUGAUCUCGCAACUAACCAACAAGGUGCGACAGAACGAGAAGUCGAUUGGCCUCAAGGACGUGGUGAUCGCUGACCUUCAGUGUCGCCUGGAGGUGCUGGAGACCUCUUCGUACGAUGGGACCUUGUUGUGGGCGAUCAGCGGGGUCAGCCGGAGGAUGCGGGACGCGACGGACGGGCGGUCUCCUUCCAUCAUCUCCCCACCAUUCUACACAUCUCACGGUGGCUACAAGCUCUGCCUGAGGAUGUACCUGAACGGAGACGGCCUGGGGGCAAACACUCACAUCUCUCUCUUCCUGAUCAUAAUGAAGAGCAAGUACGACUCCAUCCUGGACUGGCCCUUCAGCAAGAAGGUGACCUUCAAGCUUCUGGACCAGCGCGACGGGGAUAACCAAGUGGUCUCGGCCUUCAAACCGGACACCAACUCCGCCUCCUUCUGCAGGCCCCAGCUCUCCAUGAACAUUGCCAGCGGCUGCCCGCAGUUCGUGCCCCUCUCCCACCUCCGCUCCAACUGGCGCGCCUUCGUGUCCGACGACACCAUGUUCGUGAAGGCCGUGGUGGAGCCUUGAGGGAAGGCCCCGUUGCCGUGGCGACUGCCCAGGCCGGGCUCAGGAAUGUGAUGCACCCAGGGCCUUGGUUGCCGUGGGCGACCCAAUGGUGUCCUCGACGAAAACAUGGUUCCUCCCCUCGAACUCAAAAACCGCACUUUGACCUCCCAUCCGGGAAUUAUUUUGAAUGCUGCCAUGUUAGAAAUCUAUAUUUUUUUAACUUAUUUACAUUGUGUUGAUUUUUAAUAUAUAACUCUUGCUGAGAUAAGGAAAGCGAGGCUUCGUGUGGUGAGACGACACUCGAUGGGCCGAAUG